GAAAACAAAAUCUUCUCCAAGUUUCUACAACUUUCCAGAAUUCAAACAUGAAAUCUUUAAAUAAACCCUCUUUUUCCGCCUCUCUCUUCAAUUGCAUGUUCUAAGUUUCUAACAAUCGUUUCAAAAACCCUAAAAUUCAAUCGUCGUCCAUUCUUUCAUUUCCUUCUUUCUGGUAAUUUCUAAAGAGCUCGUGAAAAUUAAUAUUAAUGGCGGGAAAAGGCGAAGGUCCGGCUAUCGGAAUCGAUCUGGGCACGACUUACUCGUGCGUCGGAGUAUGGCAACACGACCGUGUUGAGAUCAUUGCUAAUGAUCAGGGUAAUAGAACGACACCGUCUUAUGUUGCGUUCACUGAUUCUGAACGGUUGAUUGGUGAUGCUGCCAAAAAUCAGGUCGCCAUGAACCCCACCAACACCGUAUUUGAUGCAAAGAGGUUGAUUGGGAGGAGAUUCAGCGAUGCUUCGGUUCAAAGUGACAUGAAGCAUUGGCCUUUCAAGGUCAUUGCUGGUCCUGGUGACAAGCCUAUGAUUGUCGUGUCAUACAAGGGCGAAGACAAGGAGUUUUCUGCAGAAGAGAUCUCAUCAAUGGUUCUCAUCAAGAUGAAAGAGAUUGCAGAAGCUUUCCUUGGUUCCACUGUAAAGAAUGCUGUUGUUACAGUCCCCGCCUACUUCAACGACUCUCAGCGUCAGGCCACCAAGGACGCCGGUGUCAUUUCUGGCCUGAAUGUUAUGCGUAUCAUCAACGAGCCAACUGCUGCUGCCAUCGCAUACGGUCUUGACAAAAAGGCCACUAGUGUUGGUGAAAAGAAUGUGUUGAUCUUUGAUCUUGGUGGUGGAACCUUUGAUGUGUCACUUCUCACCAUUGAAGAGGGUAUCUUUGAAGUGAAGUCCACUGCUGGUGACACCCAUCUAGGUGGUGAGGAUUUCGAUAAUAGAAUGGUGAAUCACUUUGUUCAGGAGUUUAAGAGGAAGAACAAGAAGGAUAUUAGCGGAAACCCCAGAGCUCUUAGGAGGUUAAGAACUGCUUGUGAGAGGGCAAAGAGGACACUUUCCUCCACCGCUCAAACUACGAUUGAGAUCGAUUCUCUCUUUGAGGGUAUUGAUUUCUACUCGACCAUAACUCGGGCUCGUUUUGAGGAGUUGAACAUGGAUUUGUUCAGAAAGUGUAUGGAACCAGUUGAGAAGUGUUUGAGAGAUGCUAAGAUGGACAAGAGCAAUGUUCAUGAUGUUGUUCUUGUUGGUGGUUCCACUAGGAUUCCCAAAGUACAGCAACUGUUGCAGGAUUUCUUUAAUGGCAAGGAGCUUUGCAAGAGCAUCAACCCAGAUGAGGCUGUUGCUUAUGGUGCUGCUGUUCAGGCUGCAAUUUUGAGUGGUGAAGGCAAUGAGAAGGUCCAGGAUCUUCUGCUCUUGGAUGUUACCCCUCUGUCUCAAGGUCUAGAGACAGCUGGUGGUGUCAUGACAGUGUUGAUUCCCAGGAACACAACCAUCCCAACCAAGAAGGAACAGGUGUUCUCAACGUAUUCCGACAAUCAACCAGGUGUAUUGAUUCAAGUUUAUGAAGGUGAAAGAGCAAGAACAAGAGAUAACAACUUGUUGGGUAAAUUCGAGCUUUCCGGCAUCCCACCUGCUCCUCGCGGUGUACCUCAGAUCACCGUCUGCUUUGACAUCGAUGCUAAUGGUAUCUUGAACGUGUCUGCCGAGGAUAAAACCACAGGGCAGAAGAACAAGAUCACUAUUACAAAUGACAAGGGAAGAUUAUCAAAGGAAGAGAUUGAGAAGAUGGUACAAGAGGCCGAGAAGUACAAGGCCGAUGAUGAGGAGCACAAGAAGAAGGUGGAGGCCAAAAAUGCUUUAGAGAACUAUGUGUACAACAUGAGGAAUACAGUAAAGGAUGAGAAGAUAGGAUCUAAGCUUGCAGAAGAUGAAAAGAAGAAGAUUGAAGAUAGUAUUGAGCAAACUAUCCAGUGGUUGGAUAGUAAUCAGCUAGCUGAGGCUGAUGAAUUUGAAGACAAGAUGAAAGAGCUUGAGGGUCUCUGCAACCCCAUUAUAGCUAAGAUGUACCAGGGUGCUGGCCCUGAUAUGAGAGGUCCUGGUGCAAUGGAUGAUGAUGGUCCCUCAGCUGGUGCAAGUGGCCCUGGCCCCAAGAUUGAAGAAGUUGACUAAGCUUGCUUCUGGAUUUUUCUAGCUUAUGGGAUCUGUCGUAAGGAUGUUUUAAGUGUUUAUUAUUUCCCAUUUUGGCUUAUUUAAGUAUUAAGACUUGCUUUGGUAUUGUGUGAUUUUAAGCAGCUGCUCAUGUUUUUGUGGUGAAGCUUUAUAGUUACUUUGCUGCAAUUUUUGUAAGUGUUUUGUUCAACUCCUAUAUCACAAUGUUUCUGUAUUCACUUA